AUGAAGAAACAGGAACUCAAUCGAGGAAACAAUGGUGGUAGACAAACUAGAAAAAAGCCUGCAAAGUCAUGUCUGUUUUGCAGGUUAAGAAAGCUGAAAUGUGAUAGAGGAAGGCCUUCAUGUGGGAGUUGCUCUUCUAGACACCAGAAAUCAUGCAAUUAUGAAGAUAACUCUUCCGCGAAAGAGAAUCAACUGAGAGCGAAAUACAGAAGAUGCUCAAAGUUUGAAAUGGCCCGUCGUAUUGAAGAGCUUGAGUCACAGAUAGAAAAACACGCCGAGUCUGAAAUUCAUCGAGGACAGAAUCCUCUUUACAACAUAAGGUAUCUAUCUUCGAAACACGAUAGACACAUUAUUUAUGGGCCGACGUCGUAUCGAGCAAUAUUAGCGAACCAAAAAGACACUUUUGCCAAAUAUAGGGAGGAAAUAUGGAAAGUUCUAAAGGUCAGUCGUAACACCUGGAAAAGAGAACAUCAUUACUCAACACUUUCAGAAAUUAGUUACAUUGAAACGGCCCCAUCGCAUACAGAUUCAUCGAGUGUUAUUGAAUCCGUGUGCAAAUCGCUGCCAACCUAUGAGGUUUUGCGUCAAUGUCUAAUUGAUUUUUUUGCUAGCCAUUUUUACCACAGUUACCAGAUUGUUCACGAGGAAAGAGUAUUAAAAGACCUGCAAGAUUGUUUUAUUCAAGGCCCAAAAGAUCAUAAAACAGGCUGCCAUGAAAUAAUUGCUUUGAGCCUAGACAGUAAAAAGAAUUACUACAAAGUGGGUGUAAUGACGGCGAUUUUGUGCUUAGCAUCCCAUCCGAAGAAAGUGCCAGAGGCUAUCGAAAUCUUUCAUAGAAUUUUAACGUCGUUUAUUUCGGCUAAGGUUUUUUACAUUGAACGUGCACAAUUUUUAUUUUUACGUUACUUGUAUAUAAACGUGGCAGGUCUUGACGGUGGUGAUCAAUCACACUGCAUAUUUAUUCAUGGACUGACAGUCGACACUGCUAUCCAUAUGGGUCUAAAUGAAGAUCUUCGUCAUCUAUUCAUGAAUGAGAAUCAUCCAAUUGAGGAAAUCACUUAUUUGGAGAGGCUAUGGUUAUGGAUAUUAUUCACAGACGUCAAAAUUUCGCUUUCUACAGGCAUUCCAAUGCGCAUCAACGAUGACUUUGUAGACAAGGUUCGUUUAGAGAAUUAUUCUUCACCAAGAGAUAUCCUUCUUUAUAAAACAACAUUGAAACUAAGAAGUAUUAUGAAACAAAUUCAUGCCCGUGAUAUAUCGCCUAACAUCCCAUUUAUUAUUGAAGACUUGAAAAAUUUCACCAAGAAGGUGUUCAAGCCGUUGUAUUUUUACUUGAAUACAUCUAACUUAGAUGGGAAUGAGUUUACAGAGCUACAGCUAUGGCAUACAACACUCCUUAUGAUAGCAAGCUUAUCCAAUCUUUAUACUUUGACGCAUCAGGGUUAUAAUACAAUAAUGUUGAAUUCCAGUGUGCUGGCCCCAUUAAACUCAUUACAUUUGUGCUUCAAAGUGCUUGAAGGCUAUUUAAAAUUGGAUAAUAAUAACGUAUCUUCUGAUUCAGCUUGUUUCCCCAAAAAGUGGACCCAUUUGAUCAACGCAUUAUUUCUUGUUUACAUGAAUGCUUUUCGAUCAUUGAUUCAGAUCUACACCAUAUUUCUGCAGUCCAUGGAGGAUAAAAAUCUCAAAUUAUUCAUGCGGAAGAAUAUAUUCACAAAAAAUCAGGCUAUAUGUCCUGGGGAUAUUGAAGGCCCAUAUGACAAAUGCAUUUCACUGAAGAUUGUAUUCAAAGAAAUGGUAAAUAUGUUCGACCGUAUUCACCAAGAAAACCUAAAGCCUCUUGCUGAAGUUUGGCAGAAUUCCUAUUACUUUUCCAUUAUUAUAUCAAUGGAGAAGAUAGGAAGAAGAACUUUUGGUAAGGCGAUACAAUACAUCGACGAGGAGCUCGAGGCAGAAGAAAACGCGUCUGAGAAUAAUUUAACCACAAUAUUCCAUAAUUUAGAGGAUCCUCUGCUGGAGUUCCCGGAAAAUUUCAUCGAUGAUAUAUUAGGACCAUCAGGUAAUUUUUUCGAUGCAAAUAUUCACGGAUGGAGUAGUUUUGAGGAGUUCUUUCCUUAA